CGCAACAUUGCGAGGCGUACAAAAUAAAAGAUAAAUAAAUAUAAAUACAUAUAUAUCUGUUUGUAUGUAUGUACACAGCGUUCGCGAUACGCGUUUCAUAAAAUAUUACCCAAACCUCGUUCGACAGCGGUAGUUUGACAGUAGUUUGUUUUGUUUUUAGUUUAUUUUUCUCUCAUCCACUGUGGCGCACUGUGGAGCUGGCGGAAGUUUUUGCUACAAAAUGCAAGUGUGGACAUUAAAAAUAAAUCAAUAAACAGCUCAACAAUAGCUAAGCUAUAAAACUUGCUGAUAAACUGCAAUAACAAAUCAAGUCAACGUCGGACAGUUUCGCAUAAAUUGUUACUGCAAGUGCAAAAGCCAAAGAAUCACAAACAGCAUUAAAUACAAAAUAACAAACAAAAACAACAAAUCAAAACAAAUACAAAAUGCUAAAAACAAAAUCAAGCGACGACAAACUCGAUACGCUGCUCUCGCGUUCAGCGGUGCCGAUCAUCGAUUUAGCCCAUUGUGGCAUAGAGGAAGUGCCCGUCAAGUCGGUGGUCAACAGAGUGGGCCAUCAGCUACAGAAGGCCUUGUCCGAGAAGGGCAUGGCGCUGCUGGUUAAUCAUGGCAUUUCCGAUGAGAAACUGAAAACCGCUUGGGAUCAUCUGGAUGACUUUGUCAAUCUGGAGGCGGAUGUCAAACAGCAUUAUAUACGCAGCGAUGGCGAUAAUCACGGCUAUGUCAGUCCGGGCAUUGAGCGCUUUGAUGGCAAGACGCCAGAGCUGCGUCAUGCGUUCAACAUAUGCACAUUGAAUGCACAGAAUCUGCCAGAGGAGCCGCUGCCAGGCUUUGCGGAUCACAUCAGCACGCUGGCGAAUGACUUCAAGGCGCUGGCGAGCUUCAUUCUGCAGGCGCUGGCCGUCUCGCUGGACAUUCCGCACACAUUCUUUCUGGAGAAACACUCACACAUGCUGUCCGGCGAUCACGACAACAUGACCACACUGCGUAUGCUUUAUUACCCACCGAUUGUCGAUGAUGAGCCUGGACAUAGCACCAACGAUGUGAUCAAGGGCCGUUGCCAAUACAGUUAUCAGCGUUGUCUGUCCGAUCAGCCAGACUUUCGUCCCGAGCACAAUCCGCGCGACGACCUCAACGAGCUGGACGGCAUGCACAACAAUCAGAAUGGCGAUGGAGCUGUCUCGGAGCACAAGCUGCCCAAUGGCGAGGUCAUACGCUGUGGCGCUCAUGUGGACUAUGGCACAUUUACGCUGCUGUCGCAAGACUCGGAGGGCGGACUGGAGGUGAAGCUGCCUGGCAGCGAAAAGUGGCAUCGCGUUGGCCACUUGCCUGGUGCCAUAUUGGUCAACUGCGGUGAAAUACUGUCUAUCUGGACCAAGGAACGCUAUCCCGCUUUGCAACAUCGCGUUGUCAUACCAGAGCAGGAACACAUACGUGCGCGUGGUCGACACUCCAUUGCAUUCUUCUGCCAUCCAGAUAACAUAACGAUGAUAUCUCCCAGCGAUUUGCCACAAACAGAAGCCGAACAGAAUGCAACGUGUCUCAAGCAGCGCAAGAAAUCGUUCAAAGCAGCGAAAGAGCGCGUCUACAAUGCGUAUCAGAUCAUACAGAAAAAGUUCAAGGAAACUUACAGCAGCAACAAUCACUCUCAAUGACGUUGAGCUGCUCCAUCAGUCAUCAGUCAUUGGUCAAGCUUGAAGAGAAUUGCAUCGUAUAGCGUAGUCAAAGAAAUAAGAAUCAAAUACAAAACACAAACACACACACACUUGUUGCAUCAAUC